AUGAAUUCCCUUCGACUUGCGCAGACCUUUCACGGUCUUCUCUCCAAACCUCGCGGGAAUUCGCCUCAGAAAACCGCUGAGAAAUUGAACGCAACUUCAAGCUCAGAGCUCGACGGCGAAUACCAGCAGAUCCUCACCCCAAGCAUGGCCUACCAACGACAUCUCCACAAUCAUCCGAAUGGCGAAGAUUACUGUGCCGGGUGCUGGAUUUGGGGUCAAGUCCACGACCACGACGAUGAGAAUAAUUGGGAAGACGACUCAAGCUCCGACAAGACCCCAACUCAGGCCUCUUACUUGGAAGCGAGAGAACUUCAGCGCAAUGUUUCUGAUCCUGUGACCCACGAAUCGGCCGCAAGUGACAAUACCACCAUGGCCGAAAUCGAGGACCACUUCACUGUCUUCGUCCGGCUCCCCUUUAAUCGGGGUGACUUUGUCGAUCCUCCUCCUGUGGCUUGGUCUGCAGCAAAAGAGCGAGCACUAUGGGAUGUCAUGUCUCGUCAGUCCAAGAACAAUGAAAUCGACUGGAAGGCACUAUCAGAGAGAUUUGAGGUGACCCAAGCCUUUCUCCUCCAACAAGCGGCAUGGCUCUACGAGCGACAACUGUCCCAGGUUCGGGCACAGAUGCGACGAGUUGGAAACAGACAAUCUGCCACGCCCUCCCCGGCUCCGGGAUCAGCUUCGGCCAGCAUGGUGGGUGGCCAGGCGAUGAAGAGAGCUGGCAGUGGAGGGUCACGUGUUCCUUCUCGGUUGUCCACCCAACAUAUUGGAAGUCCUGUUGCGGGAGGAGGAGACAGUACGCCAGGAACUCCUGCUAAGAGCAGGACUUCACUGCCGUUCCGGAACACGUCUGGGCCAGUUGCAGCUGCCGGAGGUCCACAGACCAGGGUGGCUUCUGGAACAUCAAGACCAUUGUCGAGGCAAUCUUCCAAGGAUGCAGAGGCUCCGCAGUCUAGAAGAGGCAGUAUCCAGCAUCCAUUGGCAAGAUCGCCAGGUCAGACGCGCAACAAUCAAGCCCAAUCAUCUGACUCGGAAGAUGAGAUGACUCAAUCCCGCAUUAUGGCUCGACGACCAAACCCCUCGUCUAUGCACCGCCGCGUUCUUUCCUACAGGAAGGAGCUUCAAUCCCAAAAGGGUGCCACUAGUAAUCUGGACGAGAAGGGCCUUGCACAGAAUCCGCCAACCCAUGACGAGGAAGACGAUGAAGAAGACGAGCCAUCUUUUCUCCCAUUUGCCAACCCCCCAACCGAAACCAAGCCUCGGCCAUCAUCUUCCUCCCAACAGGAUCCUGGUGCAACGUUGCGCGGCGCUUUGCAAACACAGCGACCCAGCAUGCAGCGUCGCACGACAUCGGAACGCAUAGUCUCGUCUCCCACCAUCGAGCCGCCGACUCCUGUCCAGACCCAACGAAAUCCACCAACCGUCUUAUCCUCGACCUCAUCCCCGUCAUCCCCUACCUAUCCCGCUGCUGCAAACACAACCUCGACUCGACCCCCGCCUCGAACCGAUGGCCAACACUCUUCUCAAGGUAAUCCGACAACCCAGCCUCCUGCCAUUCCGAGGCUCGGCACACCUUUAUCUCCUCCUCACCGUGCGCUUCUCCACACCAACUCUCAGUCCGCAUCUGCCGCAGCCUCGCCUCGCCGCCAUGGCACAGGUCCAGGGUCCGAUACCUCGCCUUCUAUGGGAUCCUCCUUUUCCGACCUGGAUGAUACGAGUGUUACGCAAUCGGCGUUGGAAGAAGCAUUGUUGAGUGGAAUGGGGAAUACCACGAUGACGACGCAUUUUGGAGGGUUUGGAGGCAGGGUCACUAGUGGAAUCGGACAGGCUUUGAGGUCAAGGUAUUUUGACGCAAGAGGUGGUGAAGGUCAUGGUCGUGGAGGUGCAGGCGGAGCAGGAGGAGGUGGAGGAGGUGGUGGUGGUACCGCAGGUGGUAACGUGAGCGAGAGAUGA